AUGCCUUGCGAGAAGAGAGAGGUAAUGAUUCCUAUGACCGUGUUUGAAACUAACCCAGAGCCCUAUGCACCAAAAGAGGAUUGUUGUUGCCCUUCUGCCCCACCGUAUUCAUGCCACGAAUCAUCAACCCCUGCUGAAACAAUCUAUGUGGUGUCUCAGCCUCCAAUCAUCGUAGCAGGAAUCUUUACAAGCAAGCCAGCAGGAACAAUAUGUCCAAGCUGUCGCCAACCCAUUACCACAGAGAUUGUCUACAGAGUGGGUAGACUGACUUUCCUCCUAAGCACUGCCAUGUGCUGUCUUGGAUGCAAUAUGGGAUGCUGCCUCAUCCCUUUCUUCAUGAAAAGGUUCAAGGACGUAGACCAUUAUUGCCCACGCUGCCGGUUUCAUAUCUACAGAUACAAUAGACUAUAG